AUGGCCGGCCAGUUUUACACAGCCGAGAUGAAUACAAACUUCGAUCUCGUCCACUGUUAUCGAAUUUUGGCAAAGCAACCAAGGUGGCAAGUAUACCUACCCGGGUACAGCAGCACAAAGACCCAAAGGCCCAAAGUUAAAAAGGCAGCUGCUAUUGUUAUUGACGACGAUGAAAGACCAUCAGUACUUCCAACUCGUGCAACUAAAAGAAAUAAUACCGAAAAUCAAGGAUCCCUGAAAAGAAAACACGAAGAUGUUAUAGAAAUCUUGAGUUCGGACGAAGAGAGAACCAUCAGAAAUAAGAGCAAGAGUACCGAGUCUGGGGAACAGUCUAUUGAGGGUACCCAAAAAAAGCUUUUGGUAAAAUUGCAUUUUGACUCUAAAGAGAAUAUUGAAGAACACCAUUAUGCCACAUCAAAAACACGCUCCAUGUCCCUUUCUAUUAUCAUUAUGAUGUUGUUUGGAAAUUACGAACCACGUUUUUGA